ACUUCACGAUCUUUGUUUACAAUCAAUCGGGUAGCGCGCUUUCAAAUGUAAGUCUAUCGGAUUUUGAUGCCUUUUUGAAUCACAUUUUACAUUUUCUUAAUUUCUUUAAGUACUAAUGGUCGAUUUUCGUGUUGAGCUUCUAGUAAACUUUAUGGUAAGUUUCGGCUAAACUAUGUCAUUCUUUAUUUGAAAAAAACUUUAGAUUCUUACAGGUGAUGAUCUUGUAAAUAGUUCAGCAUGGACUAUAUUGGUGCGUCACCGAGGCGGCAGAAUAUUUUCUUUAACAGUUUAUUGGCACUUGGAUUUGAUGUGACUGCAAUGAGCAAGGAACAUAAAAUUGUGUUUGACAAGAAAAUGUUUCUGCUGCCGAAUCGUAAAGGAAUGGAAGUUGUAACUCACUUUUUACUCUCUAAACUGAAUAAAGAAUGUGGAGGAAAAUUUAGUAUAAUUUGGCCUCUAAUGGAUGUUAAAGACCAGAGACAAUUUUCUAAAACUACCUUCGAAUAUUUAACACAGAUAGCUCAGGUGUCAGAGAUCAAAUUCCCUCCAGUUUUAAAUUCUGUUUUUUCUUCAUUUGGUGGGACAGCAUUUUUUGAUUUGUACUUGGCUUUUUCCACACAUGUUGUCCAACAAGUAAACAAAACCUUUGGACCAAUGCUCAGGAGACCGAAAUUCGAUCCUAAACUCACGAAACAUGCCAUCGAAAUGCUGAAGCUGACCUCCAUUGCAAGUGUUGAAAAAUUUCGGUCAUUAACAGAUACGACUAAAUUUCAUUUGGAAGCUUAUUUUUGCAUUGCUAAGAAAUUUUAUGAUUGUGUUGAAAGGCUAGAGUUAUCAAACUCAAAAAGCCAAUCUUUGUUAGAAGAAAAAAUCAAGGCAGCCAUUAAAAUUUUCCCUAAUUUGGUUGAGAAAUCCCUAAAAGGAUUAACCAUGAAAAAUAAGGAGCAUCAGAAUAACAUUGAUGUUCUUUGGAGAAAAAUUGAGGCUUUCCUCUCAAAAGAAGAAAAGAUGUGGAGCUUUAUUUCUUCAGAAUUAGAAGACAGCGCCAAACCCAUUUUAAGAGGCGGUGCCUGCUCUUUUAACCUUUCCAAUAACCUGAAAAAUUGCUCUGAGGACAGAUACCCAGAACUUCGAAAUCAAUUGUCAGAAGAAGGAAAUCAAUUAAGCAUUCCUCAAUUUCUCAAAUUGUUCACAGUAGUUUUAGAAUUUUAUGUUGAUAGUAUAAAGAAAGGUGAGCUUUCUGAAACUUAUAAGUUCCAGUUUUUGAAACAUACAUCAGAACUUGACAAGAGCUUUAAAAUGUUGCAGUCUCUCUGUGAUCUUUUAGAAAAAGACAAUCAAGUAAAUAAAAAUCAGCUCCAGACUCUUAAGGAAGAAAUAAUGAAUGAGCCUAAUUUUAUGGACGAUAAAUCGAAUUUCUUUAAAGAUCUUCCACCAUCACCAGAGGCAUGCUUAAAAUCUUAUGAAAAUACACCUAUAUUUUUGUGCCCUUCUGUUAAAGGCAUGAAACUUGAUGACAACAUUGAAAAAGUGUUAGUAAUAAAUAGCUCUCAAAUCCUAAAUCACCCAACUCCUAGCGAAAAUGAUAGCGUGGUUUCUCCAAUUCAAACUGGCCAAAUAAAUUGCCUAACUUCUUUAAAUAAUGGGUUGAAUUAUAGUGAUCUGACUGAAUCUGCCAAUGAGGAAAUUUUCAACCAAACAUCUUUAACAAGUACUACUGAUAAGGAUACAGUUUCAGAUGUCCCCGAAGUCGAUUUCUCUGUAAGCUGGAUGCAAGAAGAAUCUUUGCAUUCACAAACUUUAAGUGAUCUACCUUCACUGUCUUUUCUAGAUUGACUGAAUUGUAAAUAUUUCUGAUUUGUAACAUAAUUGUAUUCAUUACUAAUAUAUAUUUAUUUCUUCUGUUCCGUGUUUAUUAAAAUUGUUAAGUGAAAAUAAAAUUCGAAAAUAUGGCAAAUGGUAGUAU